GGCCAUGUUGUAGUGGGGGUGGAUGCGGGCUGGCGUAAGUUUAGAGGUAGGAAGUGUAUCUACAGGAACUGGGUUACUUUUGACGACUUCUUUUGUCAUCAUGUCGCUGGACAGAUUUCGCUGGGGUUUUAUGCAUUGAAUUUCUGUCUGUGUCAGCCCCUUUUAAUAAUUUAUUUUCUUCAACAUUCGUCUUGCUUUGAUUUAAAUUCCUUGUUUUUUUUUCAUUCACCGAGCACAAAAACGAUUGAGAAAGGCUGAUUUGUUGCAGGGAGUCGGGAUGGGGGCGACUGUGAUUUCCAUGUUGGAAUACUAGUUGAUUUUGCGUCGAAUAAAUUGGAAAUACAAACACAGGCGCAUGUGGCACAAGAGCGUGGAUUUCUAAAAGACGUCACCAUGGGCUGCAUCAAGAGUAAAGAAGACAAGGGUCCCACCAUGAAGUACCGGCCGGACAAUGCUUCGGCCUCGGACGUCAUCGCCCCCCACGUGGGCCCCUACGGGCCCGACCCCACCCAGCUGCAGCAGAACCAGCCACCUUCCUCUGGACCCGCCACAGGCUUCAACCCCCACGCUAUCACCCCCUUCGGAGGAGCCUCCAUCAUGACCCCCUUCGGAGGGGCAUCCACCUCCUUCUCCGGUGCUCUCCCCGGUGCAUUCCCCGGUGCCGUAUCAGGUGGGGUUACGUUCUUCGUGGCCUUGUACGACUAUGAAGCCAGAACUUCAGACGACCUGACGUUCAAAAAAGGGGACCGCUUCCAGAUCAUCAAUAACACAGAAGGGGACUGGUGGGAGGCGCGCUCCAUCAACACAGGGAAGAAAGGAUACAUUCCCAGUAACUAUGUGGCUCCAGCUGACUCCAUCCAGGCUGAAGAGUGGUACUUUGGUAAAAUGGGCCGUAAAGAUGCCGAGCGGCUGCUGUUGAAUCCAGGCAACAACCGAGGCACCUUCCUGGUGCGAGAAAGUGAAACCACUAAAGGUGCCUACUCCCUGUCCAUACGAGACUGGGAUGAUGCCAAAGGUGACAAUGUGAAACACUACAAGAUCCGCAAACUUGACAACGGGGGUUACUACAUCACCACACGCGCCCAGUUUGACACACUGCAGAAACUGGUCAAACACUACACAGAGCAUGCAGACGGGCUGUGCCACCGGCUGACCACGGUGUGCCCCACGGUGAAGCCCCAGACUCAGGGCCUGGCCAAGGAUGCCUGGGAGAUCCCCCGGGAGUCCCUCCGCCUGGAGCUCAAACUGGGCCAGGGCUGCUUCGGAGAGGUCUGGAUGGGCACAUGGAACGGCACCACCAAGGUGGCGAUUAAGACCCUGAAGCCAGGCACCAUGUCCCCCGAGGCCUUCCUCCAGGAGGCCCAGAUCAUGAAGAAGCUGAGGCAUGACAAGCUGGUGCCCCUCUACGCCGUGGUGUCUGAGGAACCCAUCUACAUCGUCACUGAGUACAUGGCUAAAGGAAGUUUGCUGGAUUUCCUGAAGGAGGGAGAUGGUAAAUUCCUCAAGCUUCCCUUGCUGGUGGAUAUGGCCGCACAGAUCGCUGACGGUAUGGCUUUCAUCGAGAGGAUGAACUACAUUCACAGGGACCUCCGUGCCGCUAACAUCCUGGUCGCGGACAACUUGGUGUGCAAGAUCGCCGACUUCGGUCUGGCCAGGCUGAUCGAGGACAACGAGUACACGGCUAGGCAAGGAGCCAAGUUCCCCAUCAAGUGGACGGCUCCUGAGGCUGCUCUGUACGGCCGCUUCACCAUCAAGUCAGAUGGCUGGUCGUUCGGCAUCUUACUCACUGAACUGGUGACCAAGGGCAGGGUGCCCUACCCAGGCAUGGUGAACAGGGAGGUCCUGGAGCAGGUGGAGCGGGGAUACCGUAUGCCCUGCCCCCAGGGUUGUCCCGACUCCCUCCACGAGAUGAUGAAGCUGUGCUGGAAGAAGGACCCCGACGAGAGACCUACCUUCGAGUACAUCCAGUCCUUCCUGGAGGACUACUUCACAGCCACGGAGCCACAGUACCAGCCCGGGGAUAACCUAUAGUCAGGCCUGGCCGCAGCGCAGCCCUGGACCCCUUCACCGUGCAAAGUAUCCCUCCACCCAGGAGGAACAGACUUUGAUACUGACGCAUGGAGAUUAAAUGCUAUGAAUAAUGUGCUUCAGAAAAGGCAACUGGAAGCUUGGUUAUCGAGUUGCACAAACCACUGCUAUCCUUGAUGAUAAAAAAUAAAUAUGCUUUUUUUUUAACACUAAUUUUUACUGAUAAUUUUGUCUUUUUUAUUUCAGGUACUACAGGUCUUAGUUUGUAUGACUUUACUCCUUUUGUUCCUUUGGUUUUUUUUUAUUCCUCAAUUUCCCACAUGGUUAUAAUGAUCAUGUUAUUUUUCGAAGUGACCAAUCAUUCUGUUGUGUUGUUUCUAAAAUCUUUGUUGAACUGUGAAAAUGCCACAUGAGAGAGAUGGGUAGCUGCCCUUGUAAUAAGAGCUCUUCAAAAUGGUGGAUGAGAGAGAAGGGUGUACUGUAAGCGAUGAAAAUAUUGUCAAGUACUGUGGGAAUAUUUCAGUUAGGAUAAUUCAGUUCUGUGUUCAGUACAUUUCAUCAGUUCAACUGGAAAAUGCUUUUUUCUCCUCCUGUGUUUUUCUGAACGAUUGACUUGAGUGACGCGGAUCAGGGACAGUUGCGUGGGUCCGUCUAGUCUGCUCAUUUUCUAUUUUAUUUGUUGAUUUUAUUCUAUGUAACUGUAAGAAUAAUUCAUAUCAUGGACAUGGUUCAAGGUUCAUGUGAAGCCUUCCCUUCGAGUCCUUCAGUUGGACAACACUAAGGCCAUCAUGUUGUGUCCCUGACAGACCAUUGCUAUGCCAAGUUAAAUCGCCUCUUUAAAGAUCACUACAGAGUAUUUUCUGCAUAUGUAGUUGUAAGAUGAAGUUGCCCCUAAACACUGAUCUUGGUUCAAUUUAGCAUUUCCCCUACUAAUUGUUAUGGAAAGGGAAGCUGAUCUUAGAUCUGUACCUAGGGGAAACUUCACCCCAGAGCAAUAUAUCACUGUGAGAUGGGAGAAUAUUCAGCUCUCCUUGCAAAGCCCACAGCCCUGUAGCUCACUAAGCUACAUGCCAAUGUGUCUCGUCUCUGCACAUAUCAUUGCACUACACAAAAACAAACUAAAUAUUCACCCUUAUUUCCAGAUUUGAAUUUGUUGAUACAACCACCUGAUUUGGCCAUUACAUGCCAGAAAUUGGUUCUACACACCUAUGUUAAAGAGGACUUGGCCUUCUCUUUUACAUGGAGAAGUCCUUCAACAAACGUUAUCUUUUGGAUUGUAUACUUGACUCAUCCUCACGUGUUUCAUUUUCAGAUCUAAAAAUAGUUUUAAAAAAAGUAACAAUUUUGCCUUUAUGGGAAUAUAUUGCCAAAGCACCUGAACUGUUUUAUGUUGUCUACAUGUGAUUUUAUUUUGUGAAUGGAUUUAAUUCAGUCUACAGUUUCAGCCUAGAUACAAAGAGAAUGAGUUUUUAAUUACAUUUUCGUUUUUAUAAAGUAGCUAUAAACCAGUGAGCAGUCAGUUAUUUUAAGACUGCAACAGGAGGAAGCUCAAAGGUCUUUUUAAUGUGUCAUGUCACAUCAACAGUUGUCAUUUUACUCCUUUGUUUUUCUUUAAACUCAUCAAUUUAGUGACGCAUUUGAUUAUGCAUACUUGCAUAGAUGGGCAGAACACACAUGGUCAGCUGAGGUUUUAAAGAAGGGCUUUCUACAAAAUCCUAAUUUUAUAAAUACAUUUUAAAAAAGGACAGCAAAGACUAGAAUGCAAGUAAUAAAGUUGGUGGAAAGAUAAAUAAAUAUGAUUUAGAUAUUAAUCUGUGGAAUUUGUAAUUAAACAUUACAAAAAUUUAACAUUUCAGAUUUUAAUGUGUGCUAUUUGUUGAACUCGUUAGAUUCAUCAGUUUCAUACAGACAACAGACAGUUGAUAUCACGUUUUUUUAAGACAGCUAAGACUAGAAUUCAAGUUAUGAAGCUGGUGGAGAAAUAAUUAUGGAUGCUUAUCUGUGGAAUUUGUACAGUUGGAAAAUUAAACAUGUCGGAUUUGAA